CAAUUUCCAAGAUGGAUAACUUCUAGGAAUAGAAAAAAGAAAACAAAUUAUAUUUUUGUUAUAAAUCAGUGAAUGUCAAGCCGCUAUCGGUGUCAGUUUGCGAAUGAAAUCCAUAAUGAUGCUGCAAAGGCCCUGCAUGGUUGAUUUCUGUGUUUCUGAGAUUCUGUAAAUUUAGGAUAAUGGCUAACAAGCAGACUUCAGAGAAAUGGGAUAAGAAGAAUAAAAAAGUUUCAAACAGUGGCAGCCAGUCUUUAUCACUUCUUCAACAAGGCACAGAAUUAGAGCAUGUCAAUGGUUAUGAUGAUCCCAGCACCUCUCAUACCAGCCCACGAUGUUCGGAAACUCCGAUAUUAAACCAGAUUACUGACGAAAAUGGUGAAGUAGACGAAUUUGUAUUCAAUCCAAAUCAGAAUGGUCUACAUUUAGGACAUAAUGGUAAAAACGACCAAGGUGCUGUUCCUAAAUCUUCAUUGUUAAAAAACUUAAAGAAAUUGAAAGUUGUAAAUGGGACGACAAAUGGAGAAACUUUCAAAUCAAAUAUCGGGAAAAAAGGAAAGAAAACAAAACGUCAUAAUUCUGCUUGCUGUGAUAUUUUCUGUGGUCAUCCUGAGGAAUUGAAGGACGAUUCACCGUAUCCGAAUCCAAAUAUAGACAAUGAUUCGGAUGUUAAUUUUGGGUGGAAUGAUGUUAAUGGAGGUGGAAUUCAUGGAUUUGUGAAUCCUAAUUUAGCCUUGAAUCCAGACAUUGAAAAUGGAGUGGAAAGAAAUUGUGUCUCUGUAGAAAAUUUGAAUGUGUCUGGUUCUGAGGACAGGUUAGAACGAAAUGGACGAAUGUCACGUGAUGUUUCUGAGAGUAGUUUAUCAGAGAUGAUAGAUGAAGGUGCUGUUUGUGAUUUUGACAGACUUCAACUUCCAGAGUUUGAGGAAAUGUAUGAAAUAGAUAACGUUGAUAUUGAUAAUGAUAAUGAAUUUGAUGAACUAGAAUCACCAGAUUUGUUAUUGACUUAUUCCCAAAAUCUGGAAGUUGGUGAAUCAUCCAAUUUGUUUAGAAAAGCCAGUAAAUAUGACCACUUUCCAAAUUGUGUUAAUAAAUACGACCAUUUUCCAAAAUGUGUGAACGUUUAUUCCCGACAUAACCUAGAGACGUCUGGAGCUUCAGCUGAGUCUGUAUCUAAUUAUCCUUUAAACUCGCGCAACGGAAUUCCCCCAGUCACAGACAAUUUAGAAGAUGACUUUAUUGACACUGAUCUUCCGUCGAAAGCAAGUGGUCGGAAUUCUUCAGAAUCGUUUUCCGGAAGUGACGAGGAAGCUUCCAGGGAACAGUUUGAAGAAAUAACAUCAGAUUUUUGUAAUGAUUUAUCUGGUGCUAGGAAUUCGCGAUGUUUGUCAGUGUCGAGCGAGAAUUCAUCACCAGGCCCUGAAAAUAAUCUAAUAAGUGUAAAUUGUGGGAGUAACAUUGACUUGAAUAAAGACGAUAGUUUAUAUCCAGUGGAUAAAUUACAUCUGUUAAGUCAUGAUGACUGUGAUAAUAGUAGCCAGAGUGAAAAUGGCGACAAUUCAGAAGAUAUUUCCCGAGAUUUACAUUUGAUAAAUUUAGCAGAAUUGUACUCUAGUGAUACUGUAGCUGGUUUUUCGCAUGGAGCGGUGGGGCAUUUUAAUCGCACAUGUCUUAAUGAUGAACAUGGAAUGAAUGCAAGUGGUGGUUCGUCUUCAUGGGAGAAAGUAUCGAACGCGGAAUUUCCAGUGUGCCACUGUCUUGGUACGAAUAGUUCAUGUGUUUCUCAUUCCUCCCGUUGGAAUCGAGUAAAUGACCUUAGUUCUAUCGGUAGUAGAAACUCAAACUUUCAAAGUGAUGAAAGCAAUAAAAAACAGAAAAUUUUUAAUAAAUUCCCUGUGUUAGGAAGUAGACAAUCGUGUGGAAGCCAGGCGGCACAGACUCACGGAAGCUGUAAUGGCAGAUCAUGUGAUCAAUCUGUUAAUUUACAGUGUGUUUCAAUGUCCAGUACAGACCAGUCUUCCUCUCAUAGGCCACGACGAUUAUUUCUACAUGCUAAUUGUGAACAUACUCCUUCUACUUCAGA